ACUUUUUGUAACCCAUUUCAUUAAACCCCUAACCCUAGAUCUCUUCACUACGAAGCAUUAUUUCUUCUAAACAUACCCGUUUCAGAUCUAUGCAAUUCCCCAUUCAGGGUUGAUCCCGAGUUUUCAUUUUGGUUUCACUUAGAUCUAAAUUUAUGUUCUUGUUUUAGUCAGCUAUGGCAGUGCCAUCUGGGAAUGUGGUUUUAUCCGAUACCAAAAUUCUGUUCCCUGAUGAGCGUGAUGGGUUUAUUUUCUGGUUGAGGAGUGAGUUUGCAGCGGCUAAUGCUAUAAUUGACGCGCUUUGUCAGCAUUUGCGUACAGUUGGUGAGAGUGGAGAGUAUGAUUUAGUUUUAAAUCACAUUCAAAAUAGGAGGUCUAAUUGGUCCCAAGUGCUCCAUAUGCAGCAGUAUUUUUCUGUUGGGGAUGUAUUGUUUGCUUUGCAACAAGUGACUUGGAAAAAACAAUCCAGGUUCUUUGAUCCAUUCAGCUGUAGCAAGAAUACAAAGAGAUCUAGUGGGUUUGUCAAGAAGGAUUUGUAUAAUUCAAGUGUGGAUAGGGAUAAUAAUCCCAUUGAUGCAAAUGCUUCAGUUUUAGAUAGUAAUGUUAAAAAAGAUUCUGUUACAAAAACUCCAGGAGAUGGCAGCUCAAAGGAUUUAUGGGAUUCAGAAAUUGCUACAUCUGGCAAUUCAGAACCUAACACUGAGGCAUCAGAUGAUGGAUGCACCCCAAGCCCUAAAGAGAAUGAUUCACAUUCCGUACUAAAUCAGAGUAUCAUCACAGCUCCUAAAACUUUUAUCGGUUCAGAGAUGUUUGAUGGAAAGACGGUUAAUGUGGUUGAUGGACUGAAGUUAUAUGAAGAACUAUGUGCUAAUUCAGAGGUUUCAAAGCUUGUUUCAAUGGUUAAUGAUUUAAGAGCUGCAGGGAAAAGAGGUCAAAUUCAAGGUCAAGCAUAUGUGGUCUCAAAGAGGCCAAUGAAGGGACAUGGAAGAGAGAUGAUUCAAUUGGGCAUCCCAAUUGCGGAUGCGCCUCCAGAAGAUGAAAAUGCAGUGGGUACCUCUAAAGAUCGGAGAAUCGAACCUAUUCCUGCCUUGCUGCAAGGUGUUAUUGAUCAUGCAGUUGGCAUGCAAAUUUUGACAGUAAAGCCAGAUUCAUGCAUCAUUGAUGUCUAUAAUGAGGGUGAUCACUCACAGCCUCAUAUUUGGCCACAUUGGUUUGGAAGGCCUGUUAGCACCCUGUUUCUGACAGAAUGUGAAAUGACUUUUGGCAGAAUGAUAGGAGCAGACCAUCCUGGGGAUUAUAGAGGCACUCUUAAGCUUCCUCUGGCUCCUGGAUCUCUACUUGUAAUGCAAGGAAAAUCAGCAGAUUUUGCUAAACACGCAAUUCCUUCCAUUCGAAAACAACGCAUACUUAUUACCUUCACGAAGUCUCAACUAAAGAAAUUUGUGGCAAGUGAUAGUCAGCGUCUUCCUUCAUCUGCAUUAGCCCCUUUGCCACACUGGGGGCCACCACCUAGUAGAUCCCCAAAUCAUAUUCACCAUCCUGUUGGCUCCAAACAUUAUGCGCCAGUUCCAACAACUGGUGUAUUGCCAGUUCCAAUUCGGACACAAAUUCCUCCACCAAAUGGUGUUCAGCCCCUCUUUGUUACCACCCCAGUUGCCCAAGGAAUGCCUUUCCCAGCACCUGUCCCCAUUCCAGCUGGAUCAAGUGGAUGGGCUGCAGCUCCGCCUAGGCAUCCUCCUCCUCGCCUUCCUGUACCUGGCACCGGAGUUUUCCUUCCUCCACCAGGCUUAGCUAGUUCAACAUCUCCUAAACAACUAUCAGCAAGUACAACUGAGAUGAACUCAACCACAGAAAUGGCUUCCACGCUGGAUAAAGAAAGUGGUGUUGGGAAAUCCAACCAUCAUACGAAUGCUUCUCUGAAGGAGACACUAGAUGGAAAAACACAAGGACAAGACUACAAUGGAAGUGUUGAUGGAACUGGUGGUGUUAAAGAUGUUACAAUGGCAGAAGAACAUCAAAACACUGACAAUACUAGGGUAAGCAAGUCAGCAAGUACAGUAUAAACUAUAAAGCACAGGGGAGAGAGAGUGAGUGUGAGAGAAAAAGAGACUGGGAGUAAUAUGUUUGUGAAAGGGGAUGGGAAACGGAGUAGGCUGCAAACUGCAAUGAGUUUGAAGCAAAUGUAAAGAGCGGCGAAAUUCAGGACUUUUGACAUUUCAUACUUGUAUGGAGGACACCAAGGGAUGGAGGAAUUGCACAGUUCACCUUGCAAAUCCUUCCCUUGUGGUUCUCUAUUCCCUUUUUGUUGUCUUAUUAUAUUUACACUACACUUGUUGAAAACUCAUUCUUAAUUUAGAUGUGCCUCUUCUUUCA